AUCGAGCUGGAAAGGCGGGUUUGAGCUUACGAGUCCAUCGUAGUUGGCAGAAGCUUCUUGUCGGUUUCGCAGUUGCUAAAUCAUUUUCCGGGCAUCGUUCGUCCGAUCCUCUUCCCUCCCUUCCCCGAUCCGGCCAUGGCCUCCAAUGGGAGCAGCACGAUGGUAGGGGAGAUGGAGAGCAGCUUGGAGCGGGUCAGGCGGCAGCUCUCUUCCACCUCCAGCCGUCAUAUCCUCCAGGGCCCUCUCUUGAAGCGAUCCGACACACUAAAAAAAUGGAAUGAACGGUGGAUUAUACUUGACCCAGCAACUGGAAAGAUGGAAUACAAGGUCCGUAGAAGCGACACUGCUGUGAGGGGAAUGAUUGUGUUCGAUUCGACAAGCACUGUGACUUUGUCACCAACGAACUUUCAUGGACUGCCAAAAUAUGAAGGAUGCUGUGUCUAUAUUGGAACUCCACAGAAAAGGGAGUACUUUCUUUGUGCAGAAACUCCCAGCGCUGCAAGAGCAUGGGUAUCUACUUUACAUGCAACUCAGUUGGUCCUACAGGCUCAUAAACAGGCAGUCAAUUCAUUGGGUGGAAAUGGUUCUGCAAAAUUAGGAACAGUUGCUACUGCUGUGGCCGUGGCUAAUGCAACUGCAAUUGAAGCAUCCAAAGAGGUAGAGGCAGCGAUGAAGAUCUCCUUGCGGGCAGCUUUAGGCUCAACUACAAAUAAACUUAGUAGAGGUCAAUUAGAUGAUCUCACAAUCAUGAUGGAGACCCUUCGAGUUAAAGAUGAUGAACUGCACCAGCUAUUGCAGGAUAUCCGUGCACGCGACUCCACCAUCAGGGAGAUUACAGAUAAAUUACACGAGACUGCUGAGGCAGCCCAAACUGCUGCUUCUGCUGUUCAUUCAAUUGAUGAGGCGAGAAGAAUUUUAUCUUCAGAACUUGAAUGCCUGAAACAAGACCAGGAAAAUCAAGUUGAAUUGUCUUUGCUUAGGUUAAGGGAAUCAGAAGAAAAGGCAAAGCUGCUUGCUGAAGAAAGAGAGCAUUUACUAAGGCAGAGAGAUUCUGCUCUGCAAGAAGCUCAGAUGUGGCGCUCUGAACUAGGAAAAGCUAGAGGAAAUGCUGUCAUUUUAGAAGCAGCUGUAGUCAGAGCCGAAGAGAAAGCUAGGGUUUCAGCAGCCGACGUUAACAUCCAUAUAAAGGAAGCUGUGAGUAAACUCGAGUUUGCCACGAAAGAAAAGGAAGAACUCCUAGCUCUCGUGGAUGCUCUACAAUCACAAAUACAAAGGCAAGAGACUAGCACAAAACAAGUUUGCGAGGAGAGGUCGGAGAUAUGCUCCACUUCUUCGAAGUGCAUGGAAAUGGAAGACGAUAACGUGGAUAAGGCUUGUUUAAGCGAUACAGAUCCGAUACCCAUUGCGGAGAACAUAGUUGAGUUGGACGACGAGGGAGUCGAUAUACGCACUAUUGGGGACACGGAGUGGGAAAAUUCUCAUUCCUCUGAAGUAUCUGAUGUAAGGGAGGUGACCACAGAACCUGAAGAAAAUAGCCAUUCCUCCGAACUAUCUUUUGUAAGGGAAGUAACCACAGAACCUGAAGAAAACAGCUUGGAUAUUCCUGUUGAUAGCCAACCAGCUGCUGAGAAUACUUUCCAAGGCUAGUCUGUUUUUUUUUUCCAUUCUUGUGCUCCACAUCUACUUUUUUUUUUCCGGUUCACCGUGAACAUUCUUGUAAUCUUAUUCUAUUUCUGCAUUGAGGCCCUGGAUUUAGAGCUCCUUAAGCAGGGUUUGCUCCUCUGUAAAUCUGAGUGAAACGAGAAUAGUUCAGCUGUGUUUGUCAA